CUUUCAUCAUCUCAUAAGAGACCUCAAACUUAACCCAUUUCUUUUUGGGAUAUAUGAAAAAUCACCACCACUGUUUCAGGUGAUGAUCCCCAAACAACACCAUUAAACCAACCCUUUAUUUCAUUUUCCCUUCCACUGAUUAUCAUCACACUGGAAAUGCAACCUUUUCUUCCUAAGAGAAAGAUGGAUCUGAUUUUCUCCAUUGGUUUAUUAUGUCUGAGCUCCCUCUUCCCAGGGAUUUCAGGGACUACAUUUACACUGGUGAAUAAAUGUGACCACACAGUUUGGCCUGGUAUCCUUGGCAACUCCGACUUAGGUAGCACCGGGUUUGAGCUACCGUCUGGAGGGUCCAGGCCGUUUCAGGCACCGUCUGGUUGGUCAGGUAGGUUCUGGGGAAGAUCAGGUUGCGCAUCGGACCAAAAUACUGGUCAACUCACCUGCCAAACCGGUGACUGUGGCUCAAACCAAAUCGAAUGCAAUGGCAAAGGUGCAAGUCCCCCAGCCACCUUAGCAGAGUUCACGAUCGGGUCAGGCACACAGGAUUUCUACGACGUUAGCUUAGUUGACGGCUACAACUUGCCAAUGAUCGUGGAGCCAAGUGGUGGUUCAGGCUCCUGCUUGUCAACAGGGUGCGUCAAUGACUUGAACCGGCAGUGCCCGGCGGAGUUAAGGGUCGGUUCCGGUGAGGCCUGUAAGAGUGCAUGCGAAGCUUUUGGGACUCCCGAGUACUGCUGCAGCGGCGCCUACGCCACCCCGGACACCUGUAAACCGUCUGUUUAUGCGGGGAUGUUCAAAGCGGCUUGCCCAAGGUCGUAUAGCUACGCGUAUGAUGAUGCUACGAGUACGUUUACAUGUACCGGCGCUGACUAUACGAUUACGUUCUGCCCUUCAUCAACAAGUCAAAAAUCUGCAAGCAGUACAAGCCCAACAACAGGCACAGCAAACACAACAUAUGGAUCUAUUACAGGGACAGGACAGGUUCCAAGUGAUGACAAUAGUUCAUGGUUACCAGAUUUUCUUACAGGAGAAUCUUCCAGGACUCUUUCUUCUGGUGUUCUCCAUACGACAUUGUUGGCUUCAGCGAUUUCUUUUAUCUGCCUCUUUAGAUUUUAUUCAUAAUUUCAACCAUCUUCAAACCUGAAUGGAAUUUUUAUUUGGGAUUUUUCUGGGGAGUACUACCAUUGAAGAUAGGAUUAUAAAAGCCCAAAUUUCAUGGCCAUGUGUAUAGAACAAUAGACUACGGUUAAUUUUGUUUUCCUUUACAUUGGAAGAGUUGUACACCUAAAGCAACAGAUUAGAAAAAAGAAAAGGAAGAGCUUUAGUCAUUAUUUUAAAUUGAUUAAGAAGACAUUUGAAGAAAUUUAAAAGUGUGUUACUUUACUGUGAUUGUGAGCAAUCUGGUUGGUUUUUUCUUUGUGGGUAGCUGAUAAAGGAAGCCCUCCUUUGCUGGAUUUGCAAGCUUGGUAGUUGGAUUAUUUAUUUUAGCCGCAAUGGAGUUUAGCAAUUAUGGUGUC